CAGACAACAGCACAAAGGGCAGGAAGGUAGAGACAACAAUGCAUCACACGAAGCAGCCACAACUGUCAGUAAGAGUGUCCAUCAUUGAGAUAUCGGCACACUGCUUUGAAGUUGGUUGGUUGCUUACUGAUUUCGACACGUCUCAGCUCCGGUAUGAAACGUAUAUAUCACUACUACAGAGUGAUUUGUAAUGUUUUGACGAAGGGUUAGCUUAUCUAACGUUACUGUGACUAGAUGCAGCACAUCCCUGAUCAAUACAAACCCUAACAGCUAAUGCUAUCUUCUGUACUCAACCAACCAGGAAGUUCAUGAUCAUGACUGAAUGUGGGGAGCCAAUUAGCUCUAGUUUAGGCCCCUGUAAUGUGGAUGGAGUUGAGUUUACUAAGCUAGGUAUAUAAUCGCUACAGUAAGUUUGCUAUAUCCUACAUAUGUUGUUUUAUUUAACUAGGCAAGUCAGUUAACACAUUCUUAUUUACAAUGAGGGCCUUCCCCCGGGCCUGGACGACGCUGGACGCAGGGUCUGUAGUGACGCCUCUAGCACUGAGAUGCAGUGCCUUAGACCACUGCGCCACUCGGGAGCCCUAUUAUAGUGAGUUUACUAAUAUAGCCUGACUACAGCCUGCUGUAUUUGCCUGUCUGAACCCACAGGACAUCAUGAUAAGUCCACUACAAGAGCCGAAGGGAAAACACAUACUAAUGCAACUGGUGUGAAACGGCUAGCUAGUUAGCGGUGCGCCCUAGUUGCAUUUCAAUCGGUGACAUCACUCUCGCUCUGAGACCUCGAAGUAGUUGUUUCCCUGUAGCUUUUUUUGAGGAGCGAUAGGUAACAAUGCUUCGAGGGUAACGUUGUUGUUGUUCAAAGGGAACUCUGGUUCAAGCCCAGGUCGGGGCGAGGAGAGUGACGGAUGCAACACUGUUACACUAAUACUGUAUGUCUGUCAGUAUUCAGGAAUGACACCAUGUUGAGUCGUCUACAGGAGCUGAAGAAGGAGGAGGAGACCCUCCUGAAGAUUAAAGUUAUGCUGCAGGACCAGCUCAACAGACUCAAGUUUGAAGAAGGGGCCCUAAAGUCCAUCAUCAACGCUCAGACAGACGAAGGUCCUUCACAACCUGCCAGUCCUCCUGAGGUUCCUCUGAACCUGGAUGACGAAGCAGUGAUCAACCAGACCAAACUGCUGCUGAGUGGUCCUGUAGACUACCACAUAGAGGAGGAAGAGGAGGAGGAAGAUGAAGAGGAGGACGACGAAGACGACGACGACAACAAUGAGCUUGAAGCAGUGCCUGAGGAAGACGAGGAGGACGACGAUUAUUACUGAGUGGACCUGUCCCAAAUGGCCCCGUUCCCAAUGUAGUGCACUGGGCUUGAGCAGGGACCUGGACAAAUGUAGUGCACUACAUUGGUAAUCGGAUGUAAUUUGGGACGUUGCCAGUGUAUUGACCUCCUAAAGAGGAGAUGUGUGUGUAUAUAAUAUUACAGACUGUUUUUAUUUAUUAUUAUUAUUCGUUAAACUACUAACUUAUAGUGGGUAAAUAAAAUGUAGCCUGGGUGCUAGACAGUCUCCUUCUGUUCUUGUCAACUCCUUACUGAAUUGUCAUGUUUGGCUUGACAAUGACAGCAGUGGAGUUGGCUAGAGUACAAACAGAUCUGAGAACAGGCUUAUUGUCAUUCCAUAAUGACUGCAGUAGAGUUGGCUAGAGUACAAACAGAUCUGAGAACAGGCUUAUUGUCAUUCCAUAAUGACAGCAGUAGAGUUGGCUAGAGUACAAACAGAUCUGAGAACAGGCUUAUUGUCAUUCCAUAAUGACAGCAGUAGAGUUGGCUAGAGCACAAACAGAUCUGAGAACAGGCUUAUUGUCAUUCCAUAAUGACUGCAGUAGAGUUGGCUAGAGUACAAACAGAUCUGAGAACAGGCUUAUUGUCAUUCCAUAAUGACUGCAGUAGAGUUGGCUAGAGUACAAACAGAUCUGAGACCAGGCUUAUUGUCAUUCCAUAAUGACAGCAGUAGAGUUGGCUAGAGUACAAACAGAUCUGAGACCAGGCUUAUUGUCAUUCCAUAAUGACAGCAGUAGAGUUGGCUAGAGCACAAACAGAUCUGAGAACAGGCUUAUUGUCAUUCCAUAAUGACUGCAGUAGAGUUGGCUAGAGUCCAAACAGGUCUGGGAUCAGGCUUAUUGUCAUUCCAUAAUGACUGCAGUAGAGUUGGCUAGAGCACAAACAGAUCUGAGAACAGGCUUAUUGUCAUUCCAUAAUGACAGCAGUAGAGUUGGCUAGAGCACAAACAGAUCUGAGAACAGGCUUAUUGUCAUUCCAUAAUGACUGCAGUAGAGUUGGCUAGAGUACAAACAGAUCUGAGAACAGGCUUAUUGUCAUUCCAUAAUGACAGCAGUAGAGUUGGCUAGAGUACAAACAGAUCUGAGACCAGGCUUAUUGUCAUUCCAUAAUGACAGCAGUAGAGUUGGCUAGAGUACAAACAGAUCUGAGACCAGGCUUAUUGUCAUUCCAUAAUGACAGCAAUAGAGUUGGCUAGAGUACAAUUAACUGUGUUCUCCCUCACGUUAAUUAAUAAGGUCUGUUUUUUUGUAGCCUGGGCUAAAAAGAUCUGUUGGUGCUGUAUAGCCACUGGUAUCAUGUUAUACAUAAUAUUGUAGCGAUCCUUGCUAAUAUGAGCCACGUUACAAUUCCCGCCAAGUGGGUUAACCCUAUUGGCACGACACAUGGAGGGGUUGUUCUUUCUGGCUCAGCGACCCAGGUUCGCUUCCCUGUCUGGGACCAGGCUGUCUGACGUAUCGCCUGUAAAACCAUAGAGUUGUUGUUCCAUACCCGGUUCUCGUUCAGUAUCUCUCACUGGUCCAGCAGUAAUUGUAGUGUUCAAUGCUUGUAGCUCACUGUUCUACUGUUGAUGUAUGUGUGUGUGUGUGUGUGUUGAGGCAUGAAUCUAGUAGGGUGGUAUUCAGAACAUACCGUCUCGGUACCAUACCGGGGGAAUAUGGUAUUACCGAAUGUGUACACAAGGGGUACUAUUUUUGUUGUUUAAAACUAUACUGAACCAAAAUAUAAAAAAUGCAACAAGUUCAAAGUUCA